AUGCUGGCGAAGGCGGCGGCGGACGAGGCGACGGAGCUGCGGGCGACGCAUCGCCUCAGAGUUGACGCCCGGCCGAUGCGCCCGGGUCCCUUGGAAACAAGAGUCCUGCUCGGGCCACCUUCUUGCGGGAAUCUGGAGAAGACAUGCCGCUUCCUUUCCCUUCUCUUCCCCCCGCUUUUUCUCUUUGGGGAAGGGAUGGCUUGGCUGGGCUGGGCGGUUCUCCUAGAGCAGAGGCGCGAGGCGCGCAGCCCCGGGACUCGGCUCGCCGCCGCCCGCCGCGCGCGAGUCACCCCGGCUGAUGACGGAUCAUUAAGAAGAAGUGGCCUUAGCGCCCCGUCCUCCCCCCCCCCGCUCCCCGCCACCUGGCGCCUCUCUUUUAGAGCAGAGGAUGCGCGCGGAGAAGUGGCGGAAGAGGGGCGUGUGUGUGCGCGCGCGUGUGAAGAUGGUGAUGGAGAUGGACCGGGAGAGCCAUCCUCCUCCUCUCCCGAUCCCCAACUGCAGGCAUCUAUUUCUCUCUCUAUAUAUAUCAAAGGAGACUUCACUAGUUUCUCCUUGACAGGGGCUGAUCUGUUAACCCAGGAACUACCUAGAAGGUUGGUAUCAUUGUGGAAGAAAAUCCUUCAUUUCCUGUGUGCUCAACUCUUUCCAGGUUUUCUGAUCAUGGGGUCUUUGAAGUUUCAGAAGUCCUGUGUGUUCCAAAGUUAUUCAACAUUCGCAUCCUCGUUGGUGGAUCCAUUAUGCGUUCCUGGUGUCAAUGAACUUCAUGGACUUGCAGAAAUAGAAGAACGGGGAAAAAAACAGCUCACUGAGUCCAGUUUGAUCAACUUUGAUUGUUAUCCUGCUGCUCAAAGUGAAAGUGCUGGAGGUGGAGUCCUGGAGCUACUUCAAGCAAAGCGGGUCCUGCUACUGAUUCAGAACCUAUGACUUUAUGUGGACAACGCCCCCUACAAAGUAUAAGCUACUUUUAUUUAUUAUUAUUAUUACUGAUUUUUUAGAAUUUAAUUUGCACACUGUAAGGGUAUCAGAGGGUUGCUCGAGAGCAAUCAGGCAAAUGCCUCCCUGGUUGGCUGUAAAGCCUUGUUAUUGGUGCAAAACAAAACAAAACAAAACAAAAC